AUGAUCGGCAUAUCAAGGGAGUUUGAAGAUGUCGACAGAGUAGUUCCUUCUUUCCCGACUUAUCUAGGGAAGAUGGAAGUGAUUCUGCUAGUAGGGUAUGACUUUUUGGGCCUGCGAAAGGCGUUGUUAUGUGUUCAAAGGUUGAUAAUCAUUUACAAGAGGAGACAAUCCUCUCUUAACUCUUUGACGAAAUUCGAAUAAAUUGAAUUUUUCUACGAAAUCGUUGACUCUUUCCUGCCUUCGCGUUCCAAAAUUAUAUUUUGCUCAAAAAUUGCUCAGAAAGGCCAAAAAUUGAGGGGAGUUUUUUUUUAAUUCUUUUCUAAUGUAAAAGCUUUCUUUUAUUCCAAUACAUUUGCAUAUGCUGGCCACCUGAGUGAAAACGGUCAUACCACAUGGAUUAGUGAUUUUAAAACAACUCUCAUACUAAGCUUGGGCUGCCUGUGGGCGAGCGUGAUUACAUGCAGAAUUUUCAGACCGGACUUAGCCGCGAUCCCGACACAGUGGCCAAUGUGACGACCAUUUUGUGUAAUAUCACAGAACUUAGCAGCGUCAUAUCUUUUAAUAAAUUAUAUAUCAUCUGGUAGGGCUCAUCACAUGCAAGCUAUCCAUUAAUCUGAAUCUAAAUAGUUUCGCGCGAGCUUAUACUCCACUGAAUCAGAUUAUCAUAACUAUUAAUAUCUUUACAUAUGAUUAGUAAAUAAAAACUCAUCCCCCCUCCCUCCGCCCUCCACACCUUUGAAACAUGGUGGGGGUAUUUACAGUUUCACUGCUCCUAGUUUGCAUGAUAAUUUAUACCUAGAUGAUAAGUAGAUUAGUGUAGGUAAGUGAUAGUGUUGUAGUUAUUCACAGGUGAAGAGCCAUAUUUCUACUUCAAUAAGCUAUGCAGUAUUAUUAUUAUUAUUAUUAUUAUUAUUAUUAUUAUCAUCAUCAGCAUCAUUAUUAUGAUUAUUAAAUCAUAUCGAUUUUUUUUAUUCUUGGGGGUAAGAGUCCAUAUGACGCACUCAGAUCGUUUUUCGAAAAUUUUGCAUAUCUCACCCCGCAUUAAACAUGACAAGCCAGACAGUGAUAAUAAGGGCACCUGCCUUAAAUAUAUAAAAUAUAGACUUAGCCAGGGCUAAAAGCGAGGCUCCCAUUAAUAUAUUUAUCAUUUAAAUCAAACGAUAAACUUGUAUUCCACAAUUCAGUUAACUUUAGAGCACAUAGCACAUUCAUGUGACUUUUGAGGGAAAGGCUAAGUGGUUUUAGAGAAAAAUAAUUUGCAAACAGCCCAAGAGUGAGCCAAAUCUUACAUCGAGUUGCUAUCCUCAUAUGUACACCCCAAAAAUAGCAAUCAUCUUCGAUAAUAUUUAGGAGCCAAAAUGGCUCUUGAUCACCGUAAAAUUAAUUAGGCCUGGAAAAAAAUCAGGCCGAAUUUUUUUGCCUUCGACAAGUUUACUUUACAAAAUCUUGCCAACAAAUCCGGGUGCGAGUAAACCAACCUUUUAUACCAUUUAUACAUCACGUCUGAGGUGAAACAGUACCAUGAGGUACUGUUUUUAUGAUACAGACCUCGGACAGAAUGCAGUAUUCCACAAUUUUGCAGCACAAAUUGCACUCAUUCAAUAUUCAUGACGAUCGAAGGACGCGUGGGCUUUUUAAACCGUUUAAAAAAUUUCCAAAAUCACAUAUACGGCUAGCCGGUUCUCACUUUUGCAGUGCGAGCUGUAGCGACUGUUUGAACGAGCAUACUAGAGUUAAGCUGCAACAUAAUAAAGAAAUUAUUAUGUUUAUUCAGUUUUAUUAAAUGGCUUUAUCGAUGUGUAAUCUUUAAAAGCGCCGGUUUGAUACGCGCGGCAUUUUGAGUACUCCUGCAAGCGAUGUUCACUGAACGACUGAAAACAAACGGCACGGCGAUUAAAAUUACAAGAGAGACUACCAACAAUCAAUAAAAGAAAUAUAAUUCGGUGAAACAUAUACAGAGACAACAUUUUUCAUUCACGAAGACAAGUAUUAAAGUGUCUCUAAAAAUCCUGAGUCUUCAAGCUUAAAGCUUAAGUUAAUUAGUUUAUGUUUUAAGCCAGCUUCCCGGUAUUUACUUUUUUCAAAGAUGAACUCGAGGCAAGAAAAUCGCUCAAAGCUUUCUUUUACAGCCAGAAUUAUAAGUAAAUGUUCUUUGGAGCGUUUUCUUUCUAUUUGCGGUAAGAAAAUGUCUAAAGGUUUUUUAAAGUUCCGUAAGCUUUAUCAAACCUGAUUCUUGGUCAUAUCGAAUUGUCUCAAAUCUUACAAACGUGCAUAAACUACAUAGCCGCAUAAACUGGGCUCGACUUCAUUAAAUUAGAUAUAAAAAACAAACAUCAAACACAAUAAUUACUGAGGCUUACCAUUCGAGAUGCAGCUCCUGAAAGGUAUCAAGGAAGGCCAGUGUCGCUUCAGACUUUUCAACCCUUACGCAUCAAGCAAGGUGAAAAGCGAAAUCGAUGCCAUCCGAAAUCGGAUUUCCGACUUUGACAAGUAAUGUAUUAAUUUCUCAACCAAAAACCAACUAGCCAUGAAUAACAGAAGACUUCUGAUAGCAGCUGAAUUUCAUUUUGUUCAUCCAGUGGAAAAAGACAGUUAAAAACAUCACAAGUUGACACAAAACUCUGUCAGCUUCAGCUGUCAAAGUAAAGAACAUUCAAGAUGCUGCAUAAAUUUUCCGCAUGAGCUCGCCUGUCAAAUUUUGACCAAUCAGAGCAUAAAAAUUGGACGUAGAGAGUGACCAACGCGUGACCAUGGUGAGCAAAGACAAAAGCAACUGCCUUCCCUGCCUGUAAUAGCUGGCUGAAUUUUCGCGUCCGAGGUCGGUUUGAAAUCAAAAUUUUAAUUGUGCGGCACAAACACAAAACAUAUUUCAUACGAAUUAAAAAACAAUCAAACUUGAGCCUGCGAUCAUUUGAAAACUAGUAACUAGUCAGCGGAUAACUUCAAAAAAAUACUCGACCUCGAUAGGUCAACACCUGAGCCCGCGAUACGGUCAAGUGAUACUGGUCAGCGGAUACCCUGUUUUAAUUGAUCACAACAUUGAUGUCCAAUGGAUGUGUGCAUUAUCAGUUUUCCAGUGCUCUCAAAUUUGCUAGAAAGUAUAAGAUUGAUAACAUUGAUUGCGAUCUAGUAAAACAACUGGUCAGCGGACAGCUUCCAAAUAAAUCACGUCACCUUGAUGAGUUGACACAUGAGCCCUCAAUAUGGCAAUGUGAUACUGGUCAGUGGCUAUCCUGUUUUGACAGCUGUCAAUUAACCAUAUUGUGAAUGGCCAAUAUAAAAGACAUGGGUUUGCCAAGACACACCUGAGACACCCCUCCCUUCCUUUUGAUAGUCUCCCCUACCCUACCCGUACAAUCUGUAGACGCGUACGUACGCUCGGUCAGUCACGUGACAACCAAACGAAAAGAGGUUGACCAUAUUCUAUGAGUAUGGGGCUCUGUCCCACGCGCGCUUCGCGCGCGAGGGAGCCCCGCUAUAAAAAAGACCCAUUAUAUUGAUUGAAGUUAUCUCUACAUCUUCUUUGCCCAAAUUGAUAGCACUGUCACAAGUUAAGUUUAAGCUAAUAGCCCACGUUCGAUAUACAGUCGAAGGUCUUCUUGCGACCACUCUCGCAAGCGACCAGCUCCAGUUACAAACACCUUUGUGAAACCCAGUUUGAACUGUGACUUAAUCUUUGUAAACGAAAAGCUCUCGUAAGCGACCGCGACAACUUUUGGAAUUACCCAACUCGACUUUUCCUUUGUUUUUAAUCUCUUGUAAUCUGAACGCUGCGCUAAUGGUCACUUAAAGAUAUGAAGACACAUAUUAAACAUUAAUAUCAUUUAUUCUUUUCUCUAUGAAUUAUGAAUGAGUUUCUGAAGCUCUUGUGCCAUCUAUUACUUUACCAUGCGAAUUUCCGAGGUGGUCGCUUACGCGAGCUUCGACUGUGUCAAAAUUCCAACAUGAGUCCGAGGCUUUCAUGUCAUUUUUCUGUAUUUGGUUUGGUUUUCUGUGUGCUCAGGUCUCUUCCGGAAAUAGAGAGACAAUGAGGUCGUGAACAAUUUGCAAUUUUACCCAAAAGCCUCGGAGUCAUGUUAAAAUUUUAAUAUAUCGAACGUGGGCUAUUCAAAGCACGUUUAACUGUUGUAAGGACAAUUUAUCCCCAGCUACAAAAAAGAUUAGAUACUUAGUGCGUUAUGAAGGAAAGAGGAGUUGGUUAAAAUAAGUUCAUUUACUUAAAUGUGGUAUCAAGAUAAGCGUCGCUGUUGUGUUUGAAGAAGAUCUUCGUGCAAACUCAGUAAGUUGUCCGAAGGAGUUUUUAAGUAGCCACCUGGAAUCAAGCAAUACUGAUAUUCUAAUUUCGAAAUGAGAUGCGAAUAUUGGAGCAACUUAUAGAAUUUUAAAGCGGUCAAAAGUUUACGUUAGGAUUCAAGCAAUUUUUCUUGCAACUUGAAUUGUAAAGAAUUUUCAAAGCCAUUAGUUGUAAGAAAAAUUGUCUGUUGUUUAACAGAAAGUUUAUUCUACCAACUUUCUCACAAGAUUACAGGAAAUGAAGCAUCUGAAAUACUUUCUGUGUAAUGAUAGGUGCAAGGGAAAAUGGUACUCAAAUACUCGUUGCGUAAAACCUUAGCGGAAUAUAAUUUUGCUUGUUCUGAGGAGACUGAUCUGAGAUGGAUAAACUAUUCAACACGGGAAAGAAGGAAAUGAGCAAAAUUUCUCUAAAUUCUGAAAAAAUAUGUCGGGUGCUUGUUGUUGCGGAAACCAUUGUUUGGAUGCGUCAUGUGAGUCUUGUUCAGUGUCUUUUUAAUCUUUUCAGUUUUACGUAAUUUGAUGACCACACCAAUCCGCAACACUGACCACAAGUCUUCGUAUUUGAGACGGGAAGUAUAUGGUUGAACUUUCCUGCUAUAAUUUCCUUUCCUAAAAAAGACCCUUUCGCAGUGUCCAACUUUUACAAAAAGAAACAGCCACGAAAACCUUCGACACUGCUAGAAAGGGCGCCUUGAGCUAUCCUUGCCGAGUUUAAGAGCCCGGAUAUGUCAGAGGCGAUCGAACCGUUUGCACCGCAAAGUCGCCAAAUUUUACAAACGCGAUUUUAUCACUCUCAACCCUUUGGCAAAUAAACUGAUUUUAAGAAGCUCUAUCCAGCAGAGUCCAUGGAUUUUCGCUAUUUGCAUAGAUCCGAAUUUCAACUGAAGUCCAAUAAUGAUGUUGGCCAAUAUGUUGUUGACCAUUUUGAAUGACGUCAGCGCCAUAUCCUAUAAUAUGGAUCAUCUGGUAGAGCUCGUCGGCUUGUGUGUCGUGAACCGGAAUAACCAAUUUGUUAACGAUUACUUACACCUUACACCAUGCAUACACCGAAUUUCCAAUUCUCUCCUUAUGAUGACUACGAAUGGUGUUGACGAUGGAGUAGUAUUUUGUAUAUUUAGCACGCAGCAUGGGCAGGCCAGAAAAUCAUGUCAGGGCCACCAUAAUAAUAAUAAUAAUAAUAAUAAUAAUAAUAAGAAGAAGAAGAAGAAGAAGAACAACAACAACAACAACAUGAUAUUGAUUGUCAUUACCAACAUCCUUUAUAUCCGUCCGUUGAUUGUAAGUCACGAGUUAAUUGCACCUUCUGUCAACUUCUGCCCUUUCUUGAGUUUUUUACAUAUGUAUUUUAGAGCUGAUACAAUACCGUUAACAACGUAGGCUAAGUUUAUCUAAAACUGACGUUAAAAAAAAGGAGAUAUUACGAAGUCGAAAGGAACUCUUUAAAAUAGAUCGAUCUACUUUAGUGUGGUCGGGAAAGCGUCGAUGCCGCGUGGGGAGAAAAGGUACAUAUAUAUACCUUGCAAACUCAGUAAGUUUAAGUUGUCAAGAAGUAACGGUUUUUAUCUACCCACCUAGACCAAGCAAUGAUACUAUUUUUGAAUGUUCUUUUCCGAUCUACAUACACUACGUAGGUUCAGUUUUAGAUUAGUGUAGAUAAGGUUAUAGGAUUUACGUUUUAGGCAAUGUUUCUUGCAACUUGUAUCCCAAAAUUUACGAGACAAGGGUUCUACAAAAAAUUAUCUGUUGUUUAAUCGAUUUAUUCUACUAGUUAAGACACACAAGGCGGUUAGGGUGAUUAUUUUCUUAACCCGUAAAAUAGGUAGUAGAAUACUACGCACUAUGAUGCACUUAUUCUAUUGUCUUCUUUUGUUUAUUUUUAGCUAUUUUCAAGUUGUUAUUAACUGUGUGGUUCACGGGCCGAGUAAAAUCGCUCUAAUAGCAAACGACCAGGGGUACCCAGCGACCAAAUGUUUCUAAGACGUCAGGAGUAUUGUCUCAAUUGGUUUUUGCUUUAGAAGCCUGUUUUGUUAAUUUGGGGCUGCUCUUUAUGAAAACUAUGUAUGUAUGUAUGCAUUUUGUUCUAUUGUUGGUCGACGAUGCCAAUGUCCUCUUUAAGUCCUUUUGAAAUAUCUAUCCCCUAUAGUGGUUUCUGCGGCUUAGUUAUAGAUCACAGAAGACUUCGAAACCAAAUAUGGAGAGAAAAUAAUCAGUGACGCACUCGCCUGAACUCUCUACCACUUUAUCCGGUUUUAUAAACCACAUUUUGAUGUCAUCCAUGAUCUAUUUAAACUGAAAUUGCCAUUAGCGAAUUCGUCAUUUUUGUUAUUACAAUGUCAUAUUUGUCUAACUUAAAAUAACAGAUUUCAGACAAACAUUGCGAAAGUCUAUUCUCAAACUUGGCCAAACAACGUCGAACCGUUUCAACAUUUUCAAGAGACGAAACAAAGGAUCCUUCAUUUAUUGUUCGACUUCUUAACCAUGAUAGCAGAUGUACAUUUUUAACUUAGAAUAGGUCGACACAUAUUAUAAUAAUUGGUUUGGCCUUAGCCUUUUCACCGCGCUGACGCCAUUUGUGCACUUAAGUUGCUAGUUAAAAGGAACACUGCAAAAAGGAAUUCAUUUGUUAAAUACAGCUGACGCCAAAGUUAAAUUUAGGAGACAAUAAAUGUUCAGACGAGAUAAUGUUCCCCCAAUCGUUCGUAUUUUUAACUACAAUGUGAGAAAUGGAAAAAUUUCUACCCAGUCAUGUUCAUGACAUGGUAACAUAACCCAUUGUAUUGAUAAAUUUUCGUUUAAGUUAGAUGAUAUAUAUUUGUUUUGGCAUAUUUUUAGAUGAAACAUGAUCUUGUCCUCAUAUUGACUUCAGUUUCUGUUUCUGUCUCCGUUUCCCCGAACCAACCAACUCCAUUUCAAACCUUUUGGGAAGUAGUUUAAAGCUAUUUUAAAAUUGCUUUAAGUCCCAGGCAUUGCUGUUAUAUUUUACCCAUAAAACCAAAAUAGUCAUAGGAGCUUCAUAUGUGCUAUUUGAGAUCUAUUUGAAUACUCUCUGGCAAGUUUUCCCUCUAUCUGAGAAAUAUCUGGUACUAAAACUGCAUUUUAAACAUAAUACCUAAACUAUAUUUUCAGAACAAGGGUAUUAGCAAGCAUUUAAACUCAAUUUUUUUUCAAAUGCGUACCAACAAAGAAUUCCAGAGUUGCGGCAAUGAUCAUAGAAAAACGGAUUAAACAGGUUCUUACUUUUUUUCAAAAGUUUUUGUACAGUAGGCCACUUCCGAUAUCCGAAAACACUUAUUUUCAAACGAGCCCAAGUGCACACCUUUCUUGUAAAAAUUAGUUUUAUUCGCAUGAGAAGUAAAAAUCAUUUCCUUAUCAAAAGUUGAGCACUUAGCCUCGUUUUCAUACAGAGGUCCGGGGGAACAGGAAAUGGCCUAUUGAUCCUGACUUAAUUUGUACCCAGACUCCCGCACUUUAUUGAUGAUGAGGGCGAUCGGACAGGGUAUUGACAGGGUAUGGCGUUGCGACCGUUACUAACAAUCGCUUUUUGAUUUAAAUCAUUAUUCACCAGAUCAGAAGAAGCUUCAGGCAGGCUAGGACCCCGAUUUAAUUCAGACUGAGCCAUGUCUGUUUACAGUAAUUCCGAUUCAGCCAAUAUUGCGUUAAUUGUGGUCCAUUCCCUACUCACAAUCGUAAACAUUGCAGGAAACUUUCUGGUCUGUAUCAUAAUUAUAAAGAAUCGAGACAUGAGGUAGGCUUUGAGAUUUAAAAGAAUCGAAAUCUGAUUAAAGUAACUUAUUAAUAAGUAACUACUGUAGAAAAAAUGAGAGCCAAGAAAACAUCAGUAUUUUCUGUUAAUAUCUAUAGCUCAAAACAUUUUUAUUUAAUCGAUUUUAAUUAAUUAGUUUGUAUAUUUCUUAUAUUUUAUUUCUUGCAUUUUCAAAGCGCGCUGAGAUUACAUGUAUGUAUAGCUGCUCUCUAUACGAAUUUUACUAUUAUUAUUAUCAUUAUUAUUAUUGUUAUCAUUAUUUAAUUGGUGGCUCAGCAUUAAAACUUGAAAAGGUUGCCCAACCUGAAUAAACUUCAAAAUCGUUCAAACUAUUAGUCGUAGUGACAUGUACGUCAACAUUCAUAUCACCAUUGCAACCGAGUUUUGACAUCUAUUUUAAAAUUUCCAAUAAUAAAGGUUUGAACAAUUCGUUUUUUAGCUGUUAAUGUAGUCUAACCUCUUUGGUGGAUGGUUUUUGUUCUUUCUUUUAUGAUUCUACCAGACACCUUACUAUAAUUAACAUCAUUUCGUCCGUGAAGAUAUAUUUCCGGGAUAUUUGCAACCCUCGACUUGUGUCUUUUUAUUCGAUUCGAUGUAUUUUAUCGAUUUUCGACUUACUUUUUAAAUUCUAAACAUAUUUUAACCAUCGUUAUAGAUUUCUUGUCCGCAACUGAACGCCCAGAUAACUUUUCGGGUGGAGAGAAGUGGGCCCAUCGAAACUGUUUUAUUUUUCGUGUAUUUUCCAUAGCCUAUUGUCAAUUAAUUAACUGUCAAUGUUUAUUACACCGACAGGAAUCUACUCGACUAUCUUCUUCUGAAUUUGGCCAUCGCAGACAGCUCAACUGUUAUAUUUUUAUCACCCAAGUACAUUUUUUCCCACGCCUUCUCACAUCCAGACGGAUCAUUGGGUAACACCCUGUGCAUAGCGGUGACUGGCGGAAACAUUGGGUGGGUUGGCGCCGCCACCAGUGUAUUUUGUUUGGUUGCCAUAGCUGCUGAACGAUACUACGCCGUGGUCCAUCCAAUUAAAUACUUAGCAAGGCCGCUUCGUAAACGUACUUUGAAGGUGCGAUUACUUCAAUUUAUUUCCCCCGCAGGGAUUUCGCCCGGAAGGCGAAAUCCCGAGGAGGCACUCUAGUAACUAGCGCGUAUAUUAAGGAAAGUACUUACAGUUGAAAUAUACAGUCAGUAUGCUAGAAAAAGUCUCGAUUUCCUUGAACAGGGGCCGCGAGGAAUCAGUAGGUAAUGACGACGUUUCUAUUGUUUGCGCCCGCAAGUACGAAAUGGUUAGGAUGACGUAAAGACAGAAAAUCCCGAAGGGACCGCUUAGGUAGAUUUUGUGACAUUUAUUGUGCAGUCACACUUCGAUACUCUUUUGCGUUACGUGUUAUCAGCGACACUCUUUGGAGCAGUUGUUUUGAAAGUUAUGGACCAAAAGACGCUCGUUAAGGGCAGAUGAAGUUAUAAGGUGCAUAUAACUGUGUAUAUAUAAACACUUGGAGAGUUUGCCAGACACGCAUGAGUUCCGAGUCUUUGAAUGGAAACCUUGCCAGACACUCUUUCUCUCUCUUUGACCGGAAUAAGACUCAGCCCUAAACAAGCAAGACGAGUGAACAACUGCUAGCUUAUCACUAGCAGAACGAUGGACGAUUACAGAAAUUCGCCGAAAAUAUACAGAGCGGGGGCAGCUGUAGUGUCAACUAUUACUAGUCGUAAAUAUAGUACUCGUAAUGUGUUUUCGCAUUUAAUGAGAGCAAAUGCAAUUAAUUCUGAAAAUCUUGGGGUAUGGCAGAUUCAGAUUCCCCCCCACCCCAUCAACCCCCUGGAAACCAAACCAUAUUUACCCCUUGUUUUCUUUGAUAUCAAAACAGGUGAUAAUUACCUGUACGUGGAUUCUUGGGGUGAUCUUCAAUAUUCCAUCGUUUAUAUACAGGAGAUAUAACGAGAAUCGAAAGUACUGCAUCAACACGUGGCCAAGUGUGUGGGUCGGCAAGGCCUACAGUCUAAGUUGGCUUUUUCUCGCAGUUCUCUCAACUUCCCUUAUGGCCGUGCUAUACUAUCGUGUGGCGUAUGCAAUGUGGUUCAAAAAGGAAGAACAUCUGCGACAGAGGGUAAGAUGAUCUAAAACUUAACCGUGUUAAAGGGUAUUAUAGUCAAGCCAGGUCAAGCGCACUCCCCAAAGAUUCCAUUAAUAUUGUCCAAUUCCCUGAAUGUGACGUAAAUGUCUUUCAAUCUGACCAAAUACAGAAAAGUUAUCGUAAAAUAUUCACUGCUUAUUACGCAUGCAGGAAUGCCGAUUUGAAUUUGACACCAAAUACGGGGACAACUAACGAAUUCAUGAUUCAUUUUUCAAAUAAUCAAUUCAUCAAUAGAAUUUUGAGGGGGUACGCUUGACCAGCCUUGACUGCAACUAGUACUCCAUAUUAACCCAACGUAUAGUCGCCCUUAAGGUAUCAGCCACCCUUAAAAUUGCCAUUUUUCCAUAUUUGAGAUUUCAACGUUUUCAAAUAGGUAUGCUUGAGAGCUUUCUUUUAAAAAAAAAAUCAGAAGAAAAUAUUAUUUCUGUCGAAAGAUAUCGGGGGUAAAAGAUUUUUUCUCGUUAACUAUCUUAAUUGAUCGUUGACAAGAUCUGUCAUACCCGUGUCAUAUAUCAAUUGACUUGCCUGUGAACUAGUAACGUGAUACCGAGUGCGUGCUUCGACACAACACGUGCGAAUUGUCUUCGCGUUGUUUAUAGCCUUUAGUAUUCUUCGUGGAUAUUUAGCGUUUGCUUCGGUCAAAAUGCUGCCAAAAAAAAAAAAGAAAAGCUCGUUUCCGAAAUCGAAGAGCGAGUUUGACAAAGAAUGGUCCGCAAAAUUGGCAGAGAGCGACAAAGGCUCAUUUUAUCAGCAAGAGAAGUUGCUGCAGUUGCCGAGAGUGCAAGCCGCUCCAAAAUCCAGCUUGAAGAGCCAGAUGAAGAAAGCCAAUUAAGCUAAUCCACCCCAUCUGCUGAUGGAACGUGGAAAACAAUAAGCGGUCAAGCUAUCGUAUCGAGCGAAAAGCUGCUUGAGAAACUGGACGAGUCUGUAUCUUGUCGAUUUUGCCAGGUAAGAGUCCAAGUCAUGGAAAAUGUAGCGACUAAGCAUGGACUUGGUUCUACCUGGAGAAUCCAGUGCGAGAAUGACAGCUGUCCGUCGCACAAGAAAAAUUCUGUUUUUAAUUCUUCCGAGAAGAGCAGAGCGUUUGAAAUAUACCGGGCCUCAGUUCUUGGCCUUCGAGCAAUCGGUGGUGGACAUUCGGCGCCUUCAAAGUUUUUUAGUUUCCUUGGCCUGGCGCCGUCAACAAAAACGCCUCGGCGAAUCAUACAAAAAAGAUCGAAGGAGAGGCAAAACUUUUGCUCGAGAAAGAAUUAAACUGUGCUUCUCGUGGUGUAAAAGAGUGGAAGUUUUCCAACGGAGAAUUAAACUGUUCACUUGAAGAUGUUGAUAGCAAUAAAAAGUUUGUUCCCGUUACAAGUUACCUGUCAAAGUCCUUUUGUUAGAGAAAAUUGAUCCCUCUCUGAUAUCAAUCAGAGUAAACAUUUAGGUGUUAUAAUUUCAUUCCAGGUAGGAUGCCGCCAAAAAUGUAUUUUCUAUUUUAUCUCCGAACGCAAAUUUUGCCGAUCGACUCGUACGUUUUAAACUCCAAGUCGGCAGCCUUUCAAUCAAUUUGGCUAAAAUUUGGCCAGAGUGAUGCCAUAUAUCUCUUCUACAAAACCGUGUCUGCGAAUUUUAAUACACCUUUUCAUUUUAAAGCUAGAGCUUUUUUUCCACAGGGAGUGUUGACUAAUUGCCUUCCCCAACUUCAGUUGCUAAUAAAAGAAAAACAAACGCACUUGUCAAAAAUCGGAGACACGGUUUUUUAGUGGAACGUGUUGAGAAGCGAAUGCGGUGUUAAUUGUUUUCUUCCGUUUAUUUCCGGCGGGAGUGGAACAUGAUUUAUAGAGACGUGUACUUUUACACAAAGCGUUCCAAUUUCGAAACACAUUUAAGUAAAUCGUUUUUGUUUGUUCAAAUCCAUAAUCUGGAAUUAUAAAGCUUUUAAAAAAUAUACGGUUUAUAGGGGUUUUUAUGAAAACAACUAACGCUACAGCGCUCCGCGCGCGGACGGUCCUGAAGGGUGGCUGAUACCUUAAAUCAGAAGGGCUAGAGUAAUGUUUAUUACCUAAUCGGCUCCUGUUAUUACUUAUAAAUAACAAGUUCUGCGUGGUGAAUGACAUUACACGACAUAAUUUAUUAUCUGGAGUAUAUCAUGAUGUCUCCCCAUGUAUGGUAAUACUCUGGAAUCGAGGACGUUUUUGCUUUUGGAAUCUGGAAGCCAGGGCUUUGGAAUCCGGAGUUCAGUUCAAGGAAUAUACCCUGAAUACUGCUAACGACUGGAAUGAAUCCGGAAUCCAAGUUCCACAGACAUCCGAAAUCAAGUACCUGGAAUCCGGAAUCCACAGCUUGGAAUCCAGAAUCCAAGGCUUUCUUCACUCGGGUUUCUUUACAUGGGGCGAAUGAUGUGCAAACCGCUAACAUGAAGUAACUGCGAAUUCCUGUGGCUGCUCCAACUCUGCCUUUAGUUAAUAGUAAUAACUUUUUAAAUGGUAUCAACGUUUUCUUGACUUGAAAAUAGAUCUCUAUAGCUAGAGAGAGAACGUUUUUACAGUUCAGUGUUAUGUUAUAUCUGCUGUGCACUUCCGAUUUUAUUUUAGAAAACUUAACUAAGCCCGCAAUCCUUAUCUCCAGCGGAUCGGCUUGCUAUGUCAUGUAACCAUUAAACGGGACCGCUGUUUUGUCGAAGAUAUAAAGAGUGAAAUCUUGCAUCGAAGACCCAAAAGUUAAACCUUUUUUGCAAUAUUCUUUUCACUAGAAAAAAGCAACUGAUGUAAUGACAAUCAACAACUAGAGCGUAAUAGACUCUCCUUGUUAUAGCAUUUUGUAUCUGGCCUUCGUGGAGGGUGGGGGCUUAUCCUUUUUCUUACUUACGGAAAUUACGGAUAUACGAAACGACUUCAUAGUGUUUUAGACAUAUUAAAUUCUGCAAGUAGAAUACUGCAAUGCUGAUCGUACUAGGUGGAAAUUAACUCUGCAAGACAUCAACACUACACCGAAAGAACUCAAAACAGAGCGGGAUUGUAGCCAUAGACAGUUGUUUCGCCCUCUUUGGGGCUCGUGGUAUGGCGUGAUUCUGUGGGUGUUGAGAGUUCUAGGUCAGGGCUUAAAUCAGGGUGCGGGGAUAUUUUUCAUCAGAGCUUUCUUUGGUUGUUACGCCAUACUGACGAGCCCCAAAGAGGGCGAAACAACUGUCUAUGGCUACAAUCCCGCUCUGUUUUGAGUUCUUUCGGUGUAGUGUCGAUGUGUUGCAGAGUUAAUUUUCAAGUAGUACGAUGAGCAUUGCAGUAUUCUGCUUGCACAAUUUAAUAUGUCUACUUUUCAUUUUGUCUGAUCAGGUCUUUAUAGAUCCGACGUUCUUCGGCAUAUUCGUUUGCAGUCCCUUGUGGUUAUUUUUAAUGUUUGUACUUCAUAGUGUUUUACCGUUUUUAAUAGUUUCAAUAUUAUGUUUGUGCUAACAGGCUGUUCCGAGGAUGCGAAAACGAGCCACCUUAAUGGUAAUGCUUGUCAGCCUCGUCUUUGGAAUGUGUUGGGUGACUGACCGGACCAAUUACGUGAUAGUGCAUUUUUAUUCCCCUUCGGAUGCAUUCUUCUCACUCGCGGCGUCAAACACGCUAGUUUUGGUCAAUUCAACUAUCAAUCCAAUUGUGUAUGCAUUGGUCAAUCAUCGUUUCAGGGAAAAGGCGAAGAUUAUGCUACGACGCGUUUGCUGCCGCAUUUUUGACAUAUCGCUUCCUGGGGCUGGUGAACCGCAAGAAAUGGCCCUUUAG